AUGAACAAUGUUCAUUAGAAGAGCAUAAAUACUAAAAGUAAAAUCAUUAUCCAAUUUUACUUAACAAAGAAUAACAAGAAUGGUGGAAGAGUUAAACUUCUUAUAAAAGUACCAUUUAUUUUUGGAGCUUUAUAAAUGAAAUACCAAAAAACUUUGAAUUUACGAUAAUUUACAUCUUUAAGAUUGUAUAAUUUUAUGGCAGACGAGGUUAUAUCAAAGGAAUUAAAAUUACCUUUAUCUUCUGGAUAUUCCUAUGAAUUGGAUAUGAAUAAGAAGACUCAAAUAAAGGUUUAUGGAUUUAGUGAACAUGUGAGAAAUCUAUUUAAGAAACUAUGUUCAUGCAUGAAUCCAUUUAGGGAUAAAUCCAAAAGUUUCCUUGAACUCACUGAGUCAAAAAGAUUUGAAAUAGCCAAAUAAUCAUUACUGUUGUCAAUUAAGAAUAUGUAUCAAGAUACUUUAUUUGAAUAAGCCAUCUAAAUUUAUUUACCUCAAUUAUUAUAAAAGGAUUCUCAUGAUCCUGCCAAAGUUAUGGAAUAGAUUGAUUAAAUUACAUAAUAAGAAAUGCUUAAAGAUGUUAGAGACAUUAUGAAUAAUGUGUAAUAUUCUAGUCUGUUUAUUGGAAAUAUCGAUUAAUCUGAGGCAACUGAAUUAUCUGAUGAAGUUCAAUCAUGUACUAAAAAUAAAGAAUCAUCAUCUACAUAAGACAAUAUUUAAGAUAAGGUAGCAAUCAUAGAUUUAAAAGGGAAGAACCUUAUUGAUUCUAGAUUUAUCGAAUCAGGGAAUGAUGAUGAUAUUAAUGGUGUCACUUUAAAUUAUUAUUAAAUUGGAUAAAGAAAGUAAAUGAAUUAGGCAUUCAUUAAAUUAUUAGAACCAAUCCUAAAUUAAUAAGCUUAUAAUUAUUUGAGAACUGAUUUAUAAUUGGGCUAUGUAGUAGCAGUUGAGUUUAAAACAACAGCAUGUGUAGAUGGAGCUCUGAUUUUAGUGUAAGGAAGCACAGAAAUUCCAAUGAAAGUGAAUCAAAUUAUUGAUGAUUUCUUGGAUUAAUUUUCAGCCUAUUUGGAGUAAAUGAAUAAUAGAGAAUUCCAACAUCUUAAACAUGGAGUAGUUACUGAUUUAAAGGAAAACCCAUAAAGUUUAAGUGAGGAGGGUGAUCGUCUAUGGCAGUAUAUUAGUGCUGGAACUAUUGAAUUUGAAGAUAGAUAAGUGGCAAUUGAAGAAAUUAGAAAAAUAUCAAAGCAAGAAUUAAUUGAGUUUUAUAGGAAUUCAUUCAUUGACAACAAAUCAAAAUUAAGUCUGCAAUUAUAUGGAUAAGGCAUGGUGACAUAGAUGAUGAAUUUGGAGACUUAGGCGGAAUUUAAUGAAUUUAUUUCUAAUACGAAGCCAGAAGAGGCACAAUUGUUUGAUCCCCAUACGGCAUCAUAUUAUUAGUGCGAGUUUGAAGCCACUUAGAUUUGA